AUGUUUCGGCGCAGGGAGGACACAAUCACACUUGAUGCAUCCUAUCCUGCAGACUUGAAGAAGCUCGGUUUCUUCAUUAACAAGCUAGGUCAUAUACGCAUGAUUGAGGCACCGGAGAAGCCUUUCGUAUUCAACUCUACAAAUAUUGAGCGGCAUAACGAGGUGCGCAACGAGGCGUUGCAUGCCUGCGCACGUGCGGAAGUGACUGAACGCCUGUCUAAGCUCGGCAUCAAGCAGCUCUACUUCCCUCAGCUCACCACAGCGAAGCCCAAUGGACCUCAUAUCCCAAUUCUCGCUCCGCCGCUGGAUGUUCUCAAGACGCGGAAGCGCAUUGUCGUCAUCAUCAACGAUGCUCUUCAAGAUCUUGGUAUCCUGGCGUACCGGCAACUACAGCGAGAGCUUGGCGUUAACGGCGGAUCUGUGAUCAACUUUGCAAAAGAGAUGAUCAAGCGUUCAGCUCUCGCGGAUAAUGUGGAGAACCCGGAGGCGACCCAAAACAUCUUCGAUGACGGCGCCGGAGUCAAAGACGAUAAUGAGAUCCCUGGUCUCAUUGCAAUGAACACAGGUCAACUUCUCUACUCACACAAGUACAAUCGCACUAUGACCACAAGAAGCUGGUAUGCUCUACCUCGAAAGUCGAUCGUGCAUGAUCAUAUCAGAAUACACGAUCAGGAGAACUAUGUGGAAGGCCACCGUGACCCUACCGAACAUAUCAAGUCUGUUUUUGACCAACUCUUGUGCAACACAGAUCAUGUUGCGCCCGAUGCGGAAGUGUACAUUGUCGCGAUUGAGGGUGGCGCGGGUAAGGUCCUAGAGGUAUUCAGGGACGACUUUGAAAAGUACGGCGCGCGUGUUACUGCAAUGGCAGUUGUUCACACCCUGGUAGACAACUCCGAGAUCACUCACCCAAGCCUAAGAGCUUUUCUACACCAGCGCACACGUCAGUGGAAAUGCACGGAUCUGAGCAUCAACCCGGUACACUGCACAGACUUGCCGGAUGACUACUUGUGCGGCGCUUCAAGUCAGACUGCAUGUAGGGACACUAAGGCCAUUCGGUGGAACGAAGAGUUGUCUAAGGCUGGAUCGUUGUCUGAUAUCACGAAAUCACUGUGCCGUUUGGCCCCGAGCGUUGUCCCCUCCAUGGACGGCGACAAGUCUGCAUCGACCGAGUCGGACACCGACGUAAGCUCAGAAUGGAGGAGUGGAUCUGUGCCGUGUCCAACCUUCGCCGGCGGGAAAGAAUCGACGGGCGAGUGUGUCUUUACUGAACUUGCCGUUCAACACGCCAUCCUCUCGUUCUUCGAAGAGGUCGCUCAGGACCCAAAGAACUACCGCAAUCCAGCCUUCACGACCUUCGCCGAUGUACCACAUCCUACCGCCGAUGCACCCCUCGCUCUCUCCGCCGAUCCGACCGUGCCGGAGACAGCUGACAUUCAGCCUGCGUUUCACAUGAUGACUCCUGAGCAGCUUGAACUUGACGAGGCGCGUACGAAGCUCGCAGACAUGCGUAUCGCACUCGAUGCUUGUUCCGAGAAUGACGAUGCACUCGGCAAGGGUCGCGCGAAGUUGGUGGAGAAGAUCACGAAACAGGAGGCGGCAAUCAAAGAUCUGCAAGUGAAAGCUCUUAGUAGCGGAAGCUUGGGAGUUGGUGAAGCAGAGGACUUGCGUCGAGAUUGGACUCCCAAGGUCGAUGGGCCGCAGGUUCCGUUCGCCGGCACGAUGGUCGAUAGCGAGUUACUGAAGGCCGCUGGGCUGGGUGAGACUGCGAAUGAAGAGCUGGAGAAGCUCGACGAAGAGGAGAAAGCGUUUCUUUGAGCCAAAAUAGGCGAGUCACCAAGCUAGGUGAUGACUGACCCUGGAGGUAGUCACGGCGAUCUCCCUUGUACUCCUCUCCGAAACGGCUAAA